GGAAGACUUCUUGAUGAAACCUUAGAAAUGGUAUUGCCUCUUUCUUCUUCAGCUCCAUCUCGUGCUUGUUCGGUUCAGUUUCUUCUCUGCAACUGUCCGAACUAACAAUGGCAGAAACGUCAACGACCGUAACCGUCAACGAGACCUCCACGCCUUUAUUAGGCUCGAGGCAUAGCAAUACAGAUUUGACUCCUCGCCCCACCACGCUUGCGCUCUUGCUGGGCCGGGCAGCCGGUAGGCGAGGGCCGUCGAUGCUGGUGCGUGAGACGGCGGCCCUGCAGCUCGAGGAGCGACGUGCUGAUUGGGGUUACUCGAAGCCUGUUGUUGCCCUUGACAUUGCCUGGAACCUUGCGUUCACUGUUGGGGCUAUUGUGUUGCUUGCUUGUACCACAAAUGAAAAGCCUAACACUCCGAUUAGGGUUUGGAUCUGUGGUUAUGUGCUACAGUGUGUGGUUCAUGUGGUUUUGGUGUGGUUGGAGUACAGGAGAAGGAAUAUGCGAGUGACUCGGGGUGGCGAAGAUGGAGUGAGGACUUCUGAUUCAGAUUUGAAUGAUAGCGACGAUGAAGUUGUCGAUGGAGGGGGUCGUAUGAGUAGGAGUCAAUCAAGGGUUGCCAAACGAUGUGAAUCUGUUAAUACAAUGGCUUCCUUUCUUUGGUGGAUAGUUGGCUUUUACUGGGUGGUCUCUGGUGGUGAAUCUCUUCUGCAGGAUGCUCCACGUCUUUACUGGUUGGCUGUAAUAUUUCUAGCAUUCGAUGUGUUUUUUGCCAUCUUUUGUGUUGCUUUGGCAUGUUUGAUUGGAAUCGCACUCUGCUGCUGCUUACCUUGCAUUAUUGGAAUUCUUUAUGCUGUGGCAGGCCAGGAAGGUGCAUCAGAGGCUGAUCUCAACAUCCUUCCAACAUACAAGUUCCAAAUUAGGAGUGAUGAUGAAAAGCCUAAUGCCAGAGCAGGGUCCAUGGUUCCCAUAGCAACAAAUAGUGGAUACUUGGAUGGUGAACGUUUCCUUUCACCCGAGGAUGCGGAAUGCUGUGUCUGCCUCAACCCAUAUGAGGAUGGGGUAGAGCUCCAUGCCCUUCCAUGCAACCACCAUUUCCAUGCUCCAUGCAUUGUGAAAUGGCUCAAGAUUAAUGCGACAUGCCCUCUCUGCAAGUACAACAUCCUCAAGGGAAACAGUGAACAGGUCUGAGGAAAGGAAAUAAGCAACAAACAGCAAGCAACCAGUCUGUAUCCUCCCAUUGUAUUUGUACAUGUAAGAAGACUUCAUGGAAAAAGGAAUGGAACUUCUCAAUUAUACAUAUUAAUUUGAAGAUACCAAUAUUUUG